CUGGAGAUUCCUCAUUUAAAUCAAGGAAGGAGAUCCGACCCGAUAAAAAACACAGAUUCAUACACAACCAGAAGGCGAAAGGCUGGAAAACCAACAAACCCUAAAAACAGGAAAGAACCCCAAAUUGUAGUAGAAGAAAAAUCAGCUGCUCCUGCAGAAAAAAACGAGAUUUAAAUAGAGAUCGAGAGAGAAUGGGAAAGAAGAAGAAGAGAGUAUCAUCAAAAGUUUGGUGCUAUUACUGCGAUAGGGAAUUCGAUGACGAGAAGAUUCUAGUACAGCACCAAAAAGCGAAGCACUUUAAGUGCCAUGUCUGCCACAAAAAGCUAUCCACUGCCGGUGGCAUGGCCAUUCACGUUCUCCAGGUCCACAAAGAGUCCGUCACCAAGGUUCCCAAUGCAAAACCUGGAAGAGAAUCAACUGAUAUUGAAAUAUAUGGAAUGCAAGGAAUCCCACCUGAUGUCAUGGCGUCUCACUAUGGAGAUGACGAUGAGACUCCAUCAAAAUCUGCUAAGGUGGAUAUUCCAUCAGCUCAGCUUAUUGGUGGUAUGAUGCCUGGACAAUUGAGCACUGGAUAUCCUUCACAACCUCUUGGUGCAAUGCAGCCAAUGUAUAAUUCUGCUGUUCCAGUUCCUCCUGCUGGUUGGCCAGUUCCUCCCCGUCCACAGACUUGGUUCCCAACGCAUCCUGCUGUUUCAAUCUCUCCUUCUGCCCCAAUUGCAUAUGCCCAGCAGCCACUGUUUCCUGUGCAAAAUAUGAGGCCUCCUGUGCCAUCAACUGCAUCAAUUGCACUCCCACCUUCACAAGCACCUCCUCCUGGACUGCCCUCAUCCACACCACCUGUAUCACAACCAUUGUUCCCUGUUGUCAACAAUAACUUGCCUCAAAGUUCACCAUUUUCUGCUCCUUUGCCUCCAACAAGUAUUUCAUCGAGCUCUCCUGGAGAAGUUAAAGGUUCAGUGAAUGUCCAUUCGGGAGUCAAUAGUUCCAUGACAACUGGCUACCUUCCAGCUGGGACAUUAGGCAACACACAUUCUUAUGCCUCUGGUCCAAAUACCGGCGGCCCUUCUAUUGGACCGCCCCCUGUAAUUGCAAACAAGGCUCCUGCCACGCAGACAGCUGUUAACGAAGUCUAUCUAGUUUGGGAUGAUGAGGCAAUGUCCAUGGAGGAAAGAAGAAUGUCAUUACCUAAGUAUCAGGUGCAUGAUGAAACUAGCCAGGUAAGUUAUGACUACCUCUUUAGUAUUUGGAGUUGGUUUGCACAUCUAACCAGAUGGGUAGGCUUUAUGCUUUUUGUUUUCAGAUACAGUUGUUUAUGCAUUGUUACCUAUUUAGAGAGGUAUUUCUGUAUGAAUUUUCAAUUUUUAUUUUUCUUAACUCAUCAACAAACCCAUAGUUAUGGCUAUGUGUUUAGUCAAGUGUCUCUAGAAUUCAAUGUCCACUUCCUGAUGGUCAUGCUGUUUCUGUUUUUGUUUUCCACAAUUCUGUGGUUUGCAUGCCAAUGUCAUGAUGGCAGUCGAUUCAAAUAGUUGUAUUUGUUAUUUAUGCUGGUAGUUAGUUAUUACCAUUUUGACAAAGCUUGUUGCUGGAAUCAAAUCGAGGAUUCUCCUUCCUAGCAUCAUUCUCAGUUAACAAAAAGCGUAUGUAUUGCUUAUUUAAAAUUUGAAUUUAUUUGUUGUUAUUCUUCUCCAUAUGCUUGACUACGAUAUUUGGGGAUUGGGCGGAACAAGAUGAUACCCAACAGAUUUUUUCUCAUUCCUAGCAUGAAUUCAAUUUAUUUUUAUCGUCGAACAGUGAAGUCAGACUUGGCCCAGGUCAGCUUCUUUCGCAAAGUUUGGCAUCUUUCACCAUAGGACCAAGCUUUCAAAUAUCUGGUUUAUCCAACUGAUUUCUUGUCAAAGUUCAUCUCUUAAUCUUCUCAUUGUUGUUGCUUGUUGCAGAUGAGCUCAGUUGAUGCAGCUAUUGACAAAAGGAUAUUGGAAAGCAGGCUUGCUGGUCGAAUGGCAUUUUAGAUAACUAAAGACCGUUGGAAUAUUUUUGUGGAUUCAAAGCCCCUCUGACUGCUGCAAAAUUCAUAUAAACUGCACGGGGAUCCCUGGCUUCCGUUCUUUGCAUCCUUUAGGAUCAUGCGUGUGCUGUAUUCCAUACAAGUGAGAUACAACAGCCCUCGUUCUUUAGCGUGUAGGUCAACUCUUGAGAGAUGGCGGCAACAUUAUUUGUCUUUUGUUUCUUUUCUCCCUUUCCUUUCUUUACGUUGGUAAAGAAAAAUUGUAAGCCUUUUAGGUUGUAGAUUUGAGUUUGCUUUUAAUGUCUGCUGAAAUCUCCCGCCAUCAGUUUGUAGAGGUACCGUGUGAAACUUGGAAUUGCCUUAUGGGGCAUUAUUGAUUUACUUUUUUCGAUUGAAUAAAUUACGGAGUUUAAGUUACAUUAUCAUUGAAUCA